ACACGGAAGUGGUCGUCGUCGCGGCUGCACGGGUGGGAGUGGGGCGCGGGGCUCAGAGUGCAGCGGACGGUCGGGCGGACGACGGCGUCUCGCACCUGCGGUGGCGGAGGACGCGGGCCUUGCCGGUUGGGUGCGAUUCCACUGAACCGACGAGCAGCUUCUCAGCCCAUCUCCUGCCCGUUGGAGCCCCCGGAGCCGGGACCGCUCGGCCGGCGUCACCAUGACCAAGGCCGGUAGCAAGGGCGGGAACCUCCGCGACAAGCUGGACGGCAACGAGCUGGACCUGAGCCUCAACGACCUGAACGAGGUCCCCGUCAAGGAGCUGGCUGCCCUCCCGAAGGCCACCGUGCUGGACCUGUCCUGCAAUAAACUGACUAGUCUCCCGGCGGAUUUCUGCGGCCUCACACACCUGGUGAAGCUGGACCUGAGCAAGAAUAAACUGCAGCAGCUGCCGGCCGACUUCGGCCGUCUGGUCAACCUCCAGCACUUGGAUCUCCUCAACAACAGGCUGGUGACCCUGCCUGUCAGCUUCGCUCAGCUCAAGAGCCUGAAGUGGCUGGACCUGAAGGAUAACCCCCUGGAUCCUGCCCUGGCCAAAGUGGCAGGGGAUUGCCUGGACGAGAAGCAGUGCAAGCAGUGUGCCAACAAGGUGUUACAGCACAUGAAGGCUGUCCAAGCUGAUCAGGAGCGAGAGAGGCAGCGGCGGCUGGAAGUAGAACGAGAGGCCGAGAAGAAGCGGGAGGCCAAGCAGCGGGCUAAGGAGGCUCAGGAGCGGGAGCUGCGGAAGCGGGAGAAGGCGGAAGAGAAGGAGCGCCGGAGGAAGGAGUACGACGCCCUCAAGGCAGCCAAGCGGGAGCAGGAGAAGAAGCCCAAGAAGGAGACGAAUCAGGCCCCGAAGUCCAAGUCUGGCUCUCGGCCCCGCAAGCCACCUCCCCGGAGACACGGCAGGUCCUGGGCCGUGCUGAAGCUGUUGCUGCUGCUGCUGCUGUGUGCGGCCGGUGGGCUGGUGGCCUGUCGGGUGACAGAGCUGCGGCGGCAGCCCCUCUGCGCCAGCGUGAACACCAUCUACGACAAUGCGCUCCGGGGGCUGCGUGGCCACGACAUCCUGCAGUGGGUGCUGCAGACCGAGUCUCAGCAGUGAGCUUGUCCUCAACACCUGCUGCCUCCCAGCCUUGGAGCUUGGAUUCCUAUGGAAUUGGGUUCUGCUGGACACAAACCUCUUUCUAGCAUCAGAUCUACCUGCCGUCAUCCAGUGGCUGCCGAUUGGUACUUGAGAUCUCCUCUCUGUAGGACUUUUGUUCCUUAGUCAGGGUUCCCUGGUGGAAUGAGGAGAAGUGGGAGGUGGGGACAGUUUACCUGCAUGCCUAAAGGAAUAGGCUUGGGGUGGGCAGAGGAAAAAAACCAGCCUUUUCUAGUUGCACAAAGCUGUGUAAAGGCAAGGCUCGUUUCUACUAAACGAUCAGGUCAGCUGUCACUACA